AUAAAGAAAAGAUAUUCAACGGCUUUAAAAUCAAAAUACAACGUUGAUAAUGUUCAACUAGAAACGGCAUAUAAAACUUGGAUAUGUGAGGGUGAAGCAAUUCAAAUUUUAGAGAGUGUUUCACUUAGGACAUUGAAUUCCGAAUUUCUUUUGGACAUUUUUAACCAAAUAAUACCUAGUAAUAAACAAUUGAUUGUUCUUUCAAUUAUUGGGCCUGAAGGUGCAUACAUGUCAUAUCGGCAUACAAUAUACGAAGGAAAAGAAUUGAACUUUUUAGUAUUAGAUUUUGAGGGAAUUUGUUCUGAAGUUGAGAAAUUCACCUCUAGACGUGCUGAUUUUGACAAAAAAAUCACAUUAUUAGCGAUAUUAUGUUCGCAAAUUUUAAUUCUAAAUACUAAAAGUCUUACACAAGACAUUUCAGAUAUUCUUGAAGUUUCUUUUUAUCAUAUGGAUACUUUAAUUAAACGAAAUUUUAAACCAAAAAUCAAUUUUGUAUUACAUGACAUGAUUGAUGCUUUAAGUGUCCAGCAAUCCAUAUUCAAUGACAUUCGUGAAGGUCUGAAAAAAAUGUUUAACGAAAUUCCCGGAUGUGCUUACAGCAUGGAAGAUCUUAUGAUAAUGGAAGAGAAAAAUAUUUAUUCGUUAGAAAAUAUUUUUUCUUGCAAUCUUGAUGAAUUUUAUCCAAAUUCCCAGCAAAAUAGUCAUAGUAACGGUGAAAAAUUCUAUUAUCCUGUGCUUAGAGUGGAAUUACUUACAUCUGCAUUGACCUCAAAUGAGCAUGAACUUCAUAACUAUAAAAAUAUAGAUGAAUUCAUUUUAUACAUGCAAUCAAUAUGGGAAGAAAUUAAUGCACGUGGAAAUUUUCUUCAUCUUAAAAACUUCAAAAUGAUACAACAAUGUAACUCAAUACGAAAGUUAGUCAGAAUUAAUGAUGAAUCAUAUCUAAAACCUUAUAAAGAAGAAAUUUUAAAUCUAAUAGAUGAAAUCGAAUCUGAUCAAUGGUCCAAAGAUGAUGACGUUAAAUUUGAAACGGCUCUCACUAAAGUAACGGAUACAUUAUGUGAACAAACGAUUUCAAAUUUCCUUGCAAACUUAUCAGAUGAGUAUGAUCCUAUGUUAAUUGAAGAAGGAAAGACUUAUAUAACGUCAGCAUUUAUAUCAGAGAAACGUAAACUUCAAGCAAUUUAUAUGAUAAAACGUCGAACUCUAAAAGAUUCAUGGCUUAUCAAAUCUGCAAAAAUAAAGAUCAAUGAAAAUUUAAAACAAGUAAUUGAUGAAAAAACGUUAGGAAAAGUUAAAAAAAACUUAUCUGAAUGUGAUCAUUAUUUUAAUUCGGAAUGGGAAUAUAUAGAAACAGACAAAAAUGCUUUUACUUAUAGUAUGUUAUUAGAAACAAAGAUACUGGAGGAGCAGGUAGUUACAUGUUUCAAUAAAGCUAUUACUGAUGGUGUGAGUAUGGUCAGUUCUGAGUAUGAAUCAAAGAAACAAUUUGAUAGAAUUUUUUGGUCUAAACUCGAGAAACCAUCAACUCUAAUACGAGCAAAGUUUUUAAAGAAUUCAGAAUUUUUAAGUAGUUUUAAAUUUAAAUUCAUUGUAGAACAAAAUUCAGCUGGGAUAACUGGAUAUAUUAAUAACGUCAAAAGGGGAAUUUUAAAACAAGCCGCCAUUAGAACAAUUAAGUCAUCAAUUAAAAAGACUUGUAAGCAAAUUUCUAAUGACAUUCAAAAUAAUAAUAUGUUAGCGAUUGAAUUCAAUCAAGCAUUAGAAUGGAUUCAAAGGUUAUGCGAUAAUAUAUUUAUUACACUGCAGAAAGAAUUAAAUAGUUCUCCAAACAAUUUUAUUGUUAAAAUAGAUGAUUUUAAACCGAUGGAGUUUUUAAAAGACUGGACGCAAAUACUAAAAAAAUGGAAAGAUACACAACAAAAAGAGCUUGAUGAAUAUAGGAAAAAUUUGUGGAAAUUUUUUGUUGACUUAAAAAGUGAAACAUAUUAUGAAUAUUUAUCAUGCGGUUUUCUUGAUCACAUUUUUCAAUCUUUUGAAAAGCAGCUAUAUAAUCCUUAUAAUAUUGUCUCAGAACUUAUGGAUAAACAUUUUAAUUACAAUAAUUAUAAAAUCACAAAUAUCGCAUAUGAACGAAGCUUUGGAUCUCAUAACGUGGAAAAUAGUCGUAGUUAUAUUGAAAAUCCCAUUAAAUUUAUGAAAAAAUUGUUUAAUGAAGAGAUUGAAAUAAUUAAAAAUAUAAAAAUAGACGAAAAGAUUGAAGAAAUAGAAAUGAAUAUUGUUAAUACCAUGCAGAAUGAAUUGAAGGAAAUAAUUUCAAGAUGUAAACAACAUUAUUCUUCUCGAUCUACAUAUGAAUCUUCUUAUAUAAGUCCUAAUAUUGAACAAAUUCUUCGCUUAUCAAAGGGAACAUUGUUGGAAGCUCUGAUAAAGGAAAAACCUCAAGGGUCUGACAAUAUAAUAAAGUGCGUUGUAAAAUACCCUACAAGAUUUUUGAUAUGUCUGAAAGAAAUGUUGAAAAUUAUAGAUCAUUAUAUUGUAGUAGAGUUAUCGGAUGUCAGGAACGGUGUCCAUUAUGUGGAACAUGAUUCUGAUAUAUCUCACAAAGCAUCGAUUCAUUUGAUGGUUAGCUUUACUGGAGUAAAAAAUAGUUUAAAUGAGGCAAGUUUGAAUAUAUGCACCGAUUCGAUAUAUCAAAAUGAUAUAUGUGAAGAAUUUAACGGUCAUUCGUUUGGAGCAUUUAUUCAAACAAAUUAUCCAAAGUGGUGGCCAAUUGAUCAAACAAAUAUCAAUGAAGACCAAUUAAAACAAAUUAGAGCCAUUUGG